AUGCCGGGCUCUCCAGCUGCAUCGUGGGCCGUCUACCGUGCACGGCUAAAAGCUGUCUUCGACGGAGCUGACCCCCGCGUUUGUGCUGCAUUUUGGUUGUUUGGACUCAUCAACAACGUCCUCUACGUUAUCAUCCUCUCUGCUGCCCUUGACCUCGUCGGCGCCGACGUCCCCAAAGGCGUUGUCCUCCUCUGCGACGUAAUACCUUCCUUCUUGACGAAGCUUUGCGCGCCGUACUUCAUACACAGGAUACCUUACAACGUGCGAAUAUGGAUCUUUGUGGCUCUGUCAGCAAGCGGCAUGCUCGUCAUUGCCCUGACACCAGCACUGCAGGAUUCUAGGACCAUUGCGAUAAAAAUGUGCGGUGUCAUGUUGGCAAGUCUGAGCAGUGGGGGUGGGGAGCUCAGCUUCCUUGGGUUGACACACUACUACGGCCACUUUGCUCUUGCAGCUUGGGGCUCUGGCACAGGCGGCGCGGGCUUGGUUGGUGCCGGAGCUUACGCGCUGGCAACGAACACGCUGCACAUCAGCCCUCGCACCAGCUUGUUGUUCUUCUCGUUCCUGCCUCUGAUCAUGCUGGCUAGCUUCUAUUUCGUACUGCCUCUUGGCCCACUGAAGGCUGCAUCGAGCAAGAGCCAUGACUAUGAGGCUAUGGACAGCGACGAUCAGCACGAUGAAGACGAGGCAUUGGAGAAUGGAAGGGAGCACGACGGGCUAUUAUCAUCGUCAAUCAACUCAGCAUCUGGGCGAAGCUUUUCACCUGUCAAGGAGGACGGCAUCACUGGAGCUCUGAAGAGCUUCAAGGCCAACCUGAACCGCGCUCGCGGGCUGUUCUUCCCUUACAUGCUGCCCCUCCUCCUUGUCUACAUCGCCGAAUACACCAUCAACCAAGGCGUGGCCCCCACCCUCCUCUUUCCCCUUCGCGACUCUCCCUUUGCAGAGUACCGCUCCUUCUACAGCACCUAUGCCGUCAUCUACCAAGUUGGUGUCUUUGUUUCACGGUCGUCAACCCCGUUCAUACGCGUCCAUCAUCUAUAUCUGCCGUCGUUUCUACAGGUUGCCAACCUUGUCCUGCUCACCCUACACGCCAUGUUCGACUUCAUCCCCAGCUACUACAUUGUGUGCGUCAUCAUAUUUUGGGAGGGCUUACUUGGUGGCCUUGUAUAUGUGAGCACUUUUGCGGAGAUUACAGACAACGUGAGGAAGGAGGAUAGAGAGUUCAGUCUGGGAGCGACGAGCGUGAGUGACUCGGGAGGAAUCUGUAUAGCUGGGUUUUUGAGCAUGGGUGUUGAGGUUGGUUUGUGUACGUGGCAGGUUGAUCACGGACGCAAUUACUGCAAAUUAACAUAG